AUGAAUUGGAACCCUCAACGAGAAAAGUUUCAAAGUUCACUGACUUGUUUUUAUGUUCAACAACUUUUCAUCGUUUUAGGAAGAAAUAGGAAACGUAAUUUUGACAAUUUUUUUCACUCAUGUCAUAAACUUCAUGAUUUUUCCACAUCAUCAGCUCUAUUGAUUGUGCCCGAAAGGUCAAUAGAGGCAAGUGGCGACGAGCCAAGUAGAAAUGAUUUGAUUGAUUGA